GAGAUAUUGGAGUGUUGCCACAGUAGGAGAGGAGGCGAAGGGACUUGGUUUGGUUGAACGGACAGAGUUGCACCGUUGCGGCGUCACUUUUUCGUUUCACACAGCAAGUUUAGUUAAAGUGGUGGUGUGCUUGUUGCCUUUGGAUUUUCGAGGAGGGGGAGGGGGAAGGAGGAUCUCUCAAUCUGAUAGGAGCAAGUCACUCAGAAACCGGCACAGUGCGGUUCUUCUUUUGAGGCAUAUCGAUGGAUCGGUGGUUGAGUGGGACGCUCAAACCGAAAAGGGCGUUUUCUGGUUGGUGAAAAAAAACCAUCUUUUUGUCUGCGCCUCUCAGCCCUUUGGCUAUGCACAGGGGGGGUGGUUGGACUGCGCGCAAUCCUUUCCAUCUUUCUCAACUGGGGGGUCACAAGAGAGAGAGGGAGCGCUUGGGCGGUUUGGGUCUGGCUCGGGGCUUUGUGUGGGAUUGGUGCUUACUCGGAGCCUUGCACAAUCUCUCUCUGUCUGGCAGCACGGCUUACCUCUUUUUUACUCUUUUCAACGAAAGUGAAUUGACGACAGCAUCAAUUACGCAUCGGAAUUUGGUGCCCAGAAGACGCGCGGGCGGACAACCGAACUCGACGACGACGAUAUCGGCCAUGAGAUUGUCAACUUGAAAGGGACGAUUGACUCGGGUAUCACGAACGGCAAACUAUUCUGGACGAGUCCAGGAACCGACAAAGGAUAAUGAGGAUAUCGGUGAGCCGGGCCUGGAUGGCCGUCACAUACAUGGUUCUUGGAUUAGCGAAUGGGCAUGAUCGUGGGCAAGAUGCCGCUUCACCUAUAAAUACUGGAGUUGGGAAAGUCAAUGAAUCUGUGCUCUUCGACCCCUUGAAAUUCAACGGCAAUUAUAACCAUGAGGCGGCCAUAUUCUUGGUCAAAGGGAGUAUGCCUGGGACCACUUUCACCUGGAGGAGUCAAAACUACGAGGUUGUCAAAAAGAUCGCGCUCUGGCAAAGUAGCGAGGACAACAACGCCAUGAGUGGUAUGAGCCCACCACAGGAGAUUACUUUUGUGGCAGUCGUAUACGAGAACCCCCCAGAACAGCCGUCCGGACAGUUUCCUGAGGUGACAACGUCAACAAACACGCUCAACCUUAUGAUGAAGCCCACAGUUCCAUCACCAACGCCUGGGGCCCCAGGUGUGAGACGACGCCAACCUCCCAAGUCCGAUGGUUGCAGCAAAUUAAUUUCAGCCCGACAGAACGGCCCUGGCGGUUCCCUCAUGUUUGACCCGAAUGAGCUUAGAGCAAAGUGUGACAAGGUGUUCAAGCCAGGUUUUCCACUCUACUUUGUGGCUAGUUGGGUGGACAAUGGUCAAUACCGCAAGAGUUAUAGCAGAGCCUUUACAGUGGUUUACCAUGAAGAGGGAUAUGCGGUCGCCUCCACCAACCCUCUAUUCAAAGAUACAAACCCUUAUAUUCAGAUGGGAAGCGAUGACGGGACUGAUGUACCAGAAGCCCCUUCGGCAACCUCAACCCCUCUGGGUGGCGGCUCCAUACCGACCAACGGAGACCCAGCCGCCUUGAGCCCAGCCCCAAAGAGUGGACUUGAGCUGGGAGCCAUCAUCGGCAUCGCCGUCGGCUGCGGUCUAGCAGGUCUCCUCGCCGUCCUAGGAAUCAUCUGGUUCGUCGUCCGCCGCCGCCAACAAAAGCAGAGCCUCCACCCCACCGGCUCCUUCAACUCUGACCACCGCGGCGACGACCUCAUGGUCGAGAAAGAAGCCCACACCGGCGUCGACGUAGACGCCUCACCAAACUCGCCUUACUCCGACGACGGUCACCCCAACGGCACCUACCCAACAGGCACCGCCGUCACAACAAUAGCCGCGCCAGCAGCGGCAGCUCCUCCUCACCUUCAAGACCAAUCCCGUUCUUACACACCAUACUCUGACCGAGCAGGAGCCGCAGCCGGAAUUACCACCACCACACCAAGCAUCCGAACGGAAUCUCUUGCCCACAACGACGACGGGGCCCGUGCCAACGUUCCCAGCCCAAUACCAGGGCGGGCGACACCACGGGGUCUAACCACACCAUACGCCCACUUGGUAGAGGAAGGAAUGACGGAGGAUGAAAUCAGGAGGUUGGAAGAGGAGGAAAGGCAGCUGGACGCUGCGAUUGAACAAGCAGGGAGACGAUAA